AUGUUUACCGUCAAUCAGGCCGUUCAAGAUGUGAAAUCUGCUAUAGCAAUACUAGCUAAUAAAAAGCUAACGGAUAAACAGCUUACUUAUACGUAUAAUGUAGUAAUAAUCCCACGUGUUGAAUAUUGUACACAACUUGUGCACCUUUCUGAAA